ACCAUUCUUUUAGACAUAGAUAACUGGGAUUCUUUCCCUAAAAAAUGGUGUCUUCAGUGGCUGUUUACCUUGCUAGUCAAGGAGUGAUAGAAAUUCCUACAAGAUAUGCCUAUUCAGUUUUUCACCAGGUCAAAGUAGGAAGAUGAGAAAAAAGAUUUGACUGCUAAGUUUGUCAGUACCUUUGAUUUUAAUUGAGAUCUCUUCCUAUUCUGUAUAAAUCCUAACAUUGGCCAUAGUCCAAAAAAGUGCUUAAGCGUGUAUGCAGCUUUAAGCACAUGAGCAGCCUCAUUGAAGUCAGUGUGGUUACUUAAGCACAUAAGUGCUUUGCUAGAUCAGAGAAAUUGUGAAAGGAGUAUUGGCUUGAAAAGAAUACUUUGCAGGUGUAUCUUAAAAAUAUACAGGUUAAGGAAAUCUGGUCAUCCUGUUCUCUUUGCGGUCCUCUCAUUGGCUCAAAGAUAAUUUUAGGGAAGGCUGUAUCUGUAACCUUUGGUUGGAGUCAGAACAUAUUCUCCAAGGGCAGUCUACUGCCUCAGUAGAGACCAGACACUCCCAACAAGAAUUUUAGAGGACACCAGUGUGGAUGUAUUCUGUUGCAGCUUUUGGAGAUGGCAGUGGCAGUUUUCACACAUGGGUAGUCCAACAGUUCUUUGGGAAAUGCUCUGAUAAUCCCAUGGUCUGAGUCUAUAAGAGUAUGAAAAAGGAGGAUAACUUUUUGUUGUUGUUGAUUAAGUGUCUGAAUAUUCUUGUCCUGUUUGUUCCCUUUGGCAUUUCAUCUUGUUAUUGAGUAAUGCUGGUAGUUACUGCUAGACUACUAUUCAUGCCGUGGUAGACAGCAGUACUGUUAUGUUUCAAAAAAGGAGAUUUGUUCCUGUCUUCCCUACCUUAUAUAGGAGUACUUGAAAACAAUCCUUCUGCAAAAAUACUCACCUAAAUAAACCCUAAGUAGAGCACAGAACUUCUCUUUUUGGAUAUAACAGUAAAUAUGACUACUUCCAAAGACCUUUUUGCUCCAGUAAAUUUUUUGAACACUGAAGGGUAAGGGUUUUCUAUUGAUAAUCAUGUAACUCAUUAACAUUGUGAGUUGAAUAUGUUUAUCAGUAUAUUUUCUGUUGGAUGGUAUAGUUGUCAAAUUAUCCUUUUUUAGCAGCAAUUCAUCUUCCUCCCAUAUAUGUUGAAUUACUCAUACAUAGCCACCUUAAUAUACCCAUAUCACAUUAUAGGAUUUGCAGUCUUAUGUUUUGAUUUGUCAAGCAGUUGACAGGGUAUAAGAAAAAAAUAGCCAUUAAGAGAUCUGUUUCUCCAUUUAAAGCAGUUGGCCAUAUUCUGUGGCAAGAAAUUCCAAUUGAUCCCUGAGUAAAUAACUGUGACUGAAGGAACUCAUCUGUUAGCUGUCACCGUGUUGAUGUUUUAUCCUACAGACUCAGGCUGCUAUCAAUAUAUUCCUUAAAAUCUCCUUUUCUGAUCAUCCAUCUCCCUUUUUAUUUUUCCUUUUCUUUUAAAGGGUUGUGUUUCUUUUCACUCCCUCUUUAUUUUGCUAGUGUUUCCUUUUUGUCUGUCUGUCUUGGGGAAGGGUCUGGUGAAAUUCCCAAGGAAGUAUAUGGGAUUGUCCUUCCACUGGCUCCAGACCAUUGAUGUUUCUCCUUCAGUUGACUUGGGGUGCUAUCCAGCAAGUGAUGGAAGCCACAUCCUCAUGCUUAUCCCUGUCUCUUGUCUAGGGCUGAGCAUGCUGCUACUCCCCAUCAACAAUAAAGGCUCAUACAAUACUGCCCCAGCCUCUGGUACUCCUCUUCCCUGGCUAAGUAAGAAUAGAAUAGCAUUGUAUAUGUUCAGAACUGUCAAUCUUACUUUGCUGCUUAUGCUAUUUCUUGUGCUAGGGAAGGACUUUGAGAACAGUAGCAUAGGCAAGACUGGCUCAGUGGACUUUUUAAGUGUGUUUGGGGUGGUGAAAGAAGUCACAUGACUUUUCACCAGAUUAAAACCUUGAUGUAUGUGCAGCUCUUACAAGUGAAAUGUUAGCUACAUAGAAGUCUGAGACCGAUUUUAUUUGUUCUACAUGUAAUAUGUAUGUUUUCUUUUUAACCAAGUCAAGCAUACUGCAUUUUGGCACGGGGGAGGAGGAAAGGGGAUUAUUAUGAGAAAUAGCCAUACUGAAAUUCCAUAGAAUUGUUUUUCCUUCCCUAUUCUACUCUUCAUGCACACACUGCUAUGCCCUAUUUUAUCUUUUUUAAUAUCUCAUCUCAGAAGUGGGGUCCAUUGAUAUUCGUUUGACAAGCUCGUUCUGACACACUUUGGAUAUGUUCAAGUGGUCAGUGAGAGGGCAUAAAUACCCCUUCCCCCAAGACUUAUUUUUUGCCCUUACCUCAUUCUCUUCGCCACCCCAGGAAAUUUGAAAGAGCAUUUUUUAAAUAUCCUGCAAAAGAUUCAGUGGGAUAGUUUAAGUACUCUGAAAGCUUGUUUUAAAACCUUAUCUGUACUGGAGAAAAUAACAUGGAUUAUUGGGAAGGCAACAGUCAGUGUAGCUUAUCUGAAAUUUGUAAGGAUAAACCCCAUGGUUCAACCAGUUAGUUGUGUAUCAAUGUAGACCCAACACAUUGGUACAGUUGAUGCCCUGUUAACUGAUACCUAUCGGAGAUUACAAUACCCUCAGCUCGUGAAUGGUCUUCAGUUUGUUGAUUGUGAGUUUUCUCUCUCUGCCCUUGGUGGGCCCCCUCCCUGCCUCUGGUUUCCUCUCUUCCCAGAAGAGCCCCUCUGUAUCCUUUAGAAAUACUUCUGGCUCUGCAUGUCCUCAUCUGGUGAAGCACCUGUAGAUCAGUAGCUGAAACUGUACUCUGUAGCUUGUCCACUCACCUCCAGUAAUGUCCCCUGCUCUGACUGUGCCACUGCUUGCUUGUGGUUCAUCAGAGUGAGAAUGUCAGCCAUAAUGUGGGCCUGCCAAAGGGAGAGUGGAGUUGGUCAAGGUGCUCUGUUAGCUUUGGAGUGUUAGGGAGAAUCUGGUACCUAAGGUAUUGUAAGGAGCGCAGCUACUAGUUGUGCUCUUCUUGCUGUCUCUUGAGCUGGAGAAUCAUCUGUGGAUUGCUGUCUGAAGCAUUCACUCUGACAAACUACCUGUAGUUUGUUAGAGCAAGAGGAUUAACUGGUGAACCAUUAGUGACUCACUGAGUAGCAGAUAGAGGGGAAGGCAUUAGUGUAGGUGUUCUGUCCAAUGGUGGCAGUGGGAUGGGAGGUUAAUGGUGUUUAAGAAAUACAGCCUUAACUGGUGGUUUGUCACAGUUUGAGGAUCUUCAGAACAGGAGGGAGGGCAUGGCUCAGUGGCAUUUCUAUGGAGCAGGAUAUACUGAAAGGAUGAAGACAGCGGAGAGGGGACUCUUAGUUGGCAAGUAAGGAUAUGUGCUGGCUUAGGCGGCAGUCAAAGAUAACUGUUCACAUCUUUAUUUUAUGGCAGCCUUUAUGUGAAUUCAAAUCAACACCGGUGGUUUUUGAUCUGCAAGGCCACAUUCAUUUAGGAUUUGCCAUGAUGAAUGUAGACGCAAGGGCAAAACUUAAACCAAUUAGGGAGGCGAGUGUGGACUCAAGUGUUGGUAUUUCCAUCAGUGCUGUAUGACCAGUUGAAGAGCAAUAAUCGAUUGCUCUAGUGUAGACAAGCCCUUAUUUUUCAUGUGCUUUUUAACAUUUUUAUGACCUGGUGGCUGCAUAGAAAAUUGAAAUAAUCCUAGGAGAUUUUUUCCCCCCAUUCAUUAAAGAUUAUGUGCUAAGGUAAAAAAUCUUACUUCCCGGGACAGGGGUUAUAUUGUAGGACAACACAUAAUAUAUGAGGCUUGUGGAUUAUAUCUAUCCCAUAAAAUGCUUGUGUACGAAACCAUCAGGUCUGCUCUGUUUGCAUUGUAGAUGAUAAAACUUUAAAGACGCCAUAUUGGUUUUGGGGUGGGGGACGAGGAGAGUUUGGGGAAAGAAGGUAGGAAUGGUGAGGUCUCUGGAAGAAAUCCUUCCCAGCAGAAGACUUCAUCCCAUAUUAUGUAACUCACCAGGGGUUGGAAACCUGUUCUAGUUCAGCAAAAGACCACAAGUAGGGGGAAAUAUUUUCUUAGCUGCUUUGCUUUCCUUAAACUAUCUCAUAAAGCCAUUAUACAGAUUCCUUUAAUACUUUCUUUGAAGUUCUGUGGGAGUAAUGUUCUCUGUUAUAUCAGAAAACUGUGAAUGCCUGGCAUUGACAUAUAGUAUGCAACUGCUGAUAGAUAAUAGUUGUCUCCUCAGCUGCAGUCCAUAUCGCCAAUUGUUAUGAAUUUGAAGAGGUUUGAAACUUGUAAGGACCUGUGCUCUCACUGCAACUUGAAAAUUGGAACAGUUGAACUGUCCUGUGAGUUUAAUCUGUUCUAGAGCAGGGGGUUGGACUAGAUGACCUGAGGUCUCUUCCAACCCUGAUAUUGUAUGGGUCUAUGAAAUAAUUUUAAAAUAAAACAAAUGGAUUAUCGUUUGACCUGUAUGAAAUGAGGUGUUGUUUCCUUUCAGAUAUCUGGCAGAUAACAUUCAUGUCAAUAUGGCAUUAAUUGGAAUCCAUGUUGGCAGGGUCAGCAGAGUUUUAAGUUUGAAUGGACAGGGAUACUGAACUAUAGCACCUUAUACUAGAGGUGUCAAACAUAUAGUCUGUGAGCCACACUCUUCCCUUUUUAAUUUGAUUGAUAUGUCAAUGACACUUCUGCAAUUAACUUUAAUCGCUGAUCACUUUUAUUGAGGAAGGCAGUGGGAAUGAUUGCUGUAGGUAUUGGGAAUUGCUGCAGGGAAUAAAGUGUAGAGGAAAGAAUAGAGGAGGCGCUCAAAGACAAUGAAGGGGCAGAGAAAUAGAAUAAGGAGGAUAGGAAAGAAAGAAGGAAAAAAAAAAAAAGAGGCAGGAAUAGUUGUGGGCCUGAAAAGGAGCAUGUUUUCUGAGUGAGCUCUGGAUGUGAGAAUAAGGCAUGGAAUAGAAUAAAGUUACAUAAAGCCAUCACCUUCUUGUGAUCUCUAUGGAAACCUCCCAUAGACAUCAGAGGGCAUUCUGAAUAGUUAGCAGUCUGAAUGUAGCUCUCCCUUCUUUCUCUUGAAUUCUUGUUGAGGUACAUUGGGGAAGUUUGCUCAGGUUACAUGUUAUGAGGCUCAGUAAGAGGAUUUUAACUUCUAUUAAUCUUGUCAUUUUAGUACUUGUGAAAAAGUAAGAGAAGGUUAACUCUCCUCUUAAAGAAGGAAAGGCACUAAAGAAACUGACCAUGUUAACUGCAGAAUGAGAGAUGGAUUUGGAAACAGGCCGUAAGAUUAGAAAACGAAGAAAUACAAUUAGUAAAACAGAAUGAGAGAGACUGUUUACAACAGGUAGUAAAAGAUAUAGUGAAAACCAGAACAGAAUGUAACAAAAGGAAAAUAAAAGAACUUGAAAGGUGGGGGAAAGCUUGCUAAAAUUUAUUUGUGUAUAUUUAAUACUUCUCCAUAUCUAAACAUUUACAAUUACUUAAAGCAAAUUUAAGCCACAUAUGGCCAAGCUCCCUGGAAAAAAAUAUUUUUGGGGGGGAGGUCCUAUCCUGCUGUUUGCUUGUUUUCCUGGUUAUUUCUCGUGUGUGUGUUCAUACAAGUAAAAAUGGCCCUUCUUGGGUUGCUUUGUACUAUAAUACACAUUUUAUUUUAAAUAUGGCUUUAAUACUCCUGGGAAAUAGGAUAGCAAUAAGGAAGGAAAGAAAAUUUAGAGAAUCAUUAACUUUAGAUUUAGUUUGGGCCCUGUAUGUCUCUGUGCAUAGAAAAUUUUUUUUUUUUUUUUUUUUUUGGACUGGGAAAGCUCUGCUUUAACCUUCUGUUGAACUAAAAACGGCUUAAUAAAAGCUUAUUACAAGACUAGCAUUUUAGGUAUUUAAUAUCAAAGUGCACAUUUAAUAUUAGGAAAAAUCUAUAUUUUAUAUCAGAGCAUCUUAAUAUAUUUGUGCAAAUUAAGUUUUUAGUACAUGUUUAUCUUGUAGAAAUUCUAAAAAAUAGGAUAAUUCUAUAAUUUGAAAGGGGAGGAUGGCAGCUUUGAAACAUUUAGAGAAAAUCAGUAAACUCAUUGUCAGAACCUAGAAAUAAUACAAUUUUAAAGAUUUUUAAAAAAAAAAAUGUUUUUAUAAAAUAGUUACUUGCACUUUACCUGCUGGCUUUUCAAUUUUGGUAGAUAACAUUCUGAACUCCAGCAGAGUUUUAUAAUCCCUAGUGCUUAAAUAUACUAAAUGUUCUUUUUCCAUUAAGGUUAAUGUUCGUGAAGAAAUUGAAGAGUUUUUUCCAAGAUUGUGGAAGAUAAAUCAAGAUAAAAGAAGGCUAAUGAAAAGUAUUAAAGAUCAGAAAAUUAAAAUUGAAUGGGGGAAAAAAUUGAACAGAAGAUUGGUCAGAUAGAAGCACUUGAAUGUUUUUUUAAGGCUAUAAUGAAUUGUUUGAAUUGGGGAAGAAUACACGAAGUAUGAAAAAUGAAAAACUCAAUGAAGAAUGAAGAAAAGUAGAAAGCAAGAGUGAAGUAGAAUUAAAAGAAUCUGGAAGAAUGAAUGGGUCCUAGGUUAAGUAAAUGAGUCUCGCUCCCAGUCAAAAUCUCCAGCUGGGAGUCCUGCUCGUGUAAAAUCGGAGAGCAGGUCAGGAUCUCGUAGUCCAUCGAGGGCUUCCAAACAUUCUGAAUCGCACUCCCGGUCAAGGUCAAAAUCCAGGAGACGAUCUCGAAGCAGAUCGUACACACCCGAAUAUCGUCGCCGAAGGAGCCGCAGUCAUUCUCCAAUGUCUAACCGAAGAAGGCACACUGGCAGCAGAAUCGGGCGACCACACCCUGCACGCAAUAUUCAAGAUGUGGGCAUACAAAGGAUUUAUAUAGAGGCUAAUCCAGAUCCUAACACAUGCCUUGGAGUGUUUGGCCUCAGUUUGUAUACCACUGAGCGAGACUUGCGUGAAGUCUUUUCCCGUUACGGACCUUUGAGUGGCGUCAAUGUGGUUUAUGAUCAGCGGACUGGACGAUCAAGAGGAUUCGCUUUUGUUUAUUUUGAGAGAAUAGACGAUUCUAAAGAGGCGAUGGAACAUGCAAAUGGCAUGGAACUGGACGGCAGGAGGAUCCGCGUGGAUUACUCCAUCACCAAGAGAGCGCACACCCCCACCCCGGGCAUCUACAUGGGCAGGCCAACCCACAGUGGAGGAGGAGGUGGUGGUGGUGGAGGAGGAGGAGGAGCAGGUCGUCGUCGUGAUUCCUAUUAUGAUAGGGGAUAUGAUAGAGGAUAUGACAGAUAUGAAGAAUAUGACUACCGGUACAGGAGACGAUCACCUUCACCUUAUUAUAGCCGAUAUCGAUCACGGUCAAGAUCCCGCUCCUAUAGCCCAAGACGCUACUGAAGAACGGAAGAAUUACAGUUGUGGACCUGAUUUUUAAAUAAAGUUCUGCCCUUAGUUUCCCUUUGGUCUCCCCCUCCUUUCCCCUCAAAUCUCUCUUAUAAGACCUUUGGUUCAUUUAGAAGAUACAUAUUUUCAGUUGAAGUAUUGCUGUUUUCCACCCCCUUUUAUUGUAAUACUCUUAAAAUCGUAAUUGUUGUAGUUUUGUGUAGUUAAACAUCUUAAGCAAAACUAAAUAGAAAUCCCAAAGUGUUAUUACAUUUUGUAAGUCAUUCUGUUUUUGUUUUUAAAACAAUUGUACUCCUGGCUAAUCUAAUGAGGAGAAGAGAGCAUUGAUGUUUUUUAAAGCUUGCAUGUUGUGUGUAAUAUACACACUCAGCUACUUUAAUAUAAACCUGUGUUUCCAAAAAAAACUUGUUAAUCUUUCUGUUAAUGCUUGGUUGUUAAUUUUGAAAAAUAAGCAACAUCUCUGAACCUUUUCUGUAAUGGCAAAUUUCACUAGAUAGUCAUGAACCUGAUGGGUUUUUUUGGUUAAAUUGCUUUGAGUGUAGAAAUAUUAGAGCUAUAGCAAAUUUUCAUAUUUGGCUUAACUUCUUUGGAAAAACAGAUUCUUAUACACUGAAGAUCAAGAUUGUGUUUUAUAGAUGAAAAGUUUCUAGACUGCUACACAAUGGAUAACAUUUGAAGUUAAAACCAUACAAAUCUAACUGAUUUUUUUUAAUUGAACUCAAAGUAGUGUUUCCCCUUAAUCAGUGCAGGAGAAAAAAUAUUUAUUGAACAUAGCAAUUAGUUAUAUAAUUUGCUGUUCAUACAAACUCAUGUUGGUAUUGCAAUGAUGGUUAAGGAAGUUCUAGUUUCCAGUCCUUUUGAAAUUGCUGGUAUGGAUAGAAAAAUUACAGUUACAUAUAAACCUCUUCUUCCUCAAAAUAAAGUUAAUUUCACUGAAA